AUGGCGUCCCGCAGGCUAGCUUUGAACCUCUCGCAGGGCCUACGUGCCCGUGCUGGUCUGUCGGCCGCCUCUGCCUUGAGAAGAGGCUUCGCGACUCCCUCUUCUGUCGGCAAGACUCAGACCACGACGCUCAAGAACGGAUUGACCGUCGCGACCGAGCAUUCACCAUGGGCGCAGACAUCAACAGUUGGCAUGUGGAUCGAUGCCGGCUCGAGGGCCGAGACCGACGAGACGAACGGAACCGCGCAUUUCCUUGAGCACCUAGCCUUCAAGGGCACCGCAAAGCGAUCGCAGCACCAACUCGAGCUGGAGAUUGAGAACAUGGGCGGCCACCUCAACGCCUACACGUCGCGCGAAAACACCGUCUACUUUGCCAAGGCCUUCAACUCCGAUGUUCCCCAGUGCGUCGAUAUCCUGUCCGACAUUCUCCAGAACUCGAAGCUCGAGGAGUCGGCCAUCGAGCGAGAGCGCGACGUGAUCCUGCGCGAGUCUGAGGAGGUCGAGAAGCAGCUCGACGAGGUCGUUUUUGACCAUCUUCACGCCACUGCUUUCCAACAUCAGCCUCUGGGCCGCACCAUCCUGGGUCCCCGCCAAAACAUCCGCGACAUCACCCGGACGGAGCUGGUCAGCUACAUCAAGAACAACUACACGGCCGACCGCAUGGUUCUCGUCGGCGCCGGCGGCAUUCCCCACGAAAAGCUCGUUGAGCUGGCCGAGAAGCACUUCGCCGGCCUCCCGGGCAAAGGCCCCGAGAACCACGCCUACCAGCUGUCCAAGCAAAAGGCCGACUUUAUCGGCUCCGACGUUCGAGUACGCGACGACACCAUGGGCAUCGCCAACGUUGCUUUGGCAGUCGAAGGCGUCAGCUGGAGCUCGGACGACUACUUCACGGCUCUGGUCACCCAGGCCAUUGUCGGCAACUACGACAAGGCCAUGGGUAAUGCCCCUCACCAGGGCAGCAAGCUCAGUGGCUUCGUCCACAAGCACGAGCUGGCCAACAGCUUCAUGAGCUUCAACACCAGCUACAGUGACACCGGACUGUGGGGCAUUUACCUGGUCACCGACAAGCUCACGAAGCUGGAUGACCUAGUCCACUUCGCCAUCCGCGAGUGGAUGCGACUCUGCACCAACGUCAGCGAGGCUGAGGUGGAGCGCGCCAAGGCCCAGCUCAAGGCUUCCCUCCUCCUAUCUCUUGACGGCACGACGGCCAUCGCCGAGGACAUUGGUCGUCAGCUCAUCACGACGGGCCGUCGCAUGAUGCCUGGGGAGAUUGAGCGGAAGGUGGAUGCCAUUACGGAAAAGGACGUCAUGGACUUUGCCAACCGGAAGCUCUGGGACAAGGACAUUGCCAUCAGCGCCGUGGGAGGCAUCGAGGCGCUGUUUGACUACCAGAGGCUGAGGAACACUAUGAAGCCCAAAUUUUGA